AUGUUUCCUCAUGAUUUGGAGUUUGGUUUUCAGCAGUUGAGCUCUGACAGCCAUGCUGUUUCAGUCCCACCCUCUCAGUAUAAUCCACUCGAUGAGCCAAGUCCUCUGGGUUUGAGGCUCAGAAAAAGUCCAUCAUUAUUGCAUUUGAUCCAGAUGAGGCUCUCUCAUGGGGGUAAUGUUGGUGUUUCAGUGGCCCCGAGUGAAACUACCGAUUGUGGAAGCAAGAAAGAUGUGAAGGGCUUUUCUGCUCCCUCAAGUGCUGCUAAUGACAAGUUGAAGGCUUCGAAUUUUCUGGCUUUGUUGUUGAGAAUAGUAGCUGGGAGGUAUUUUUCUGAACUUUUAACUUUACAUGUUCUUAUGAAUCAGCAUGCUCCACCUAAAUGCUUCUGGUGGGUUGUUUGUUAA